GUCCUGCCCCGCUACUGUGCAGCUCACCCAGCUCACCCUAGAUGGUCCUGACCACGUUCCUGCACGUUCCCAAGCGACGUUGCAAUCAUCAAACUGCAGUCGUCCCUAAUAAGUCUCCUCCCUGAGUCGGACAUUUGCGCCAAUCACACUGUGUCGGCACCUUGGCACUUCGUAUUGACCCCUCUAUUGUAGAGCGUUGUGACCGUUGACAACGCCUCAAAGACUGCUCACGGUAUAGUAGGGCUUUUCUUCAACAUGGAAGGCUUCAGGAGAUACGUGGUCGACCUCUUUGACCGCCUUCGGGCUAGUCUUGUACUUCCGCAAGAGCCUCAGUCCAAUGACGACCUACAAACCGACCAUCGUGUCGGGGACAUAAAUGAGGAGGCACAGGAGAUUAGACUGCUUUCCAUUGAACCAUCACAAGAUUUCGACAGCCCCCUCAACUGCUCCAUGCGUACGACCUUUUUACGCGACGCUCCACCUUAUUACGCUUUGUCCUACCUUUGCGGCGACCCGGAUGUGACCGACAGGAUCAUGGUCAACGGAGUGGAGCUACAUGUCACAGUCAAUCUGAUUGCUAUGCUUCGGCAAUUACGAGCAUUCCUGUCUCAUCCUUCCAAGUCUUCGGACCUCAUCGCUAUCAUCAAUGGCGACGCACAUGCUCCAGAAGACCCGACGAACAUGGAGCCAGCUCCUACACUACAUUUUUGGGCUGAUGCUAUUUGCAUGAACCAGAAUAACCGGAGAGAAAGAGCAUGGCAGGUCAAAUUGAUGGGGGAGAUCUAUCAAAAUGCUUCGGCAGUCAUUGCUUGGCUAGGUCCCGAAGCAGAAGAUAGCGCUCGAGCAAUCGCAGCGGUCCGAGCAAUUGCGAAGGAGAUGCCGAAGAUUUCCAGCCAGCAUGACAUUGACGAGUGGAUAAAGCGGCAUCCGACAACCAUUGACUUCCCCAAUGUCUGGCAAGCUAUCGACAGCCUAUUGCGCCGCGAAUAUUGGAAGCGCACAUGGAUCAUGCAGGAGCUGGUCCUGAACGACCAUGUUCUACUGCUUUGUGGGACCAGUUCAUUGUACAUUGACGAUCUGUACAGGUUUGACACUCAAGUUCCCAGGAUUUGGGCAACUGAUCCUUCCAUUCCAAAUGUUCACGUUGGUGUGUAUAUCGAUUGCAUCGUCCUUCUGCGACAUUUUUGGCGCGGCUCUUUCCGUGACAGACAUGACUCUCGCUUCUACCCUCUCACACAAGCUCGCAGAACUCGCGCAACAGAUCUACGCGAUAAGGUGUAUGGUCUUCUCGGAGUGACGAAGCUUGACAUUGAACCAGACUACUCCUGUCCGGUUUCCGAGGUCUAUGUAAAGACAGCUAUUGAGAUGCUGAACGAAGAGGGUCUGACACUCUGCUUUGGAGAAGCCGGGAAUGCUUUGCGCAACGAUCGCGAUCUCCCGUCCUGGGCGCCUGACUGGUCUUUCGAAAAGUGGCUCGGAUGGGAUCCCGAGCGUUGGGAUGGCGUUGAAAUAGACUCAUCCAACAACCGAUAUUUUGAAGUGGAUCCCAGCAAUCCCAAGGUCUUACACGUGUCCGGCUUUCCGGUGGCAAACGUUACUGACCUUGCGCCACCCCUUCCACAACCUUCGACUGACCAUGACGCAGCAGUCUGCUUCACCCAAUUCGCCAAAUGCGCCCUGGAACGACAUGAUAGUACUGCAUCCGCGGUGGCAAUUCCAGUACUGCAAGCGAUCCUUCGCCUGGUCCUGGUCGACGGUAACAUCUUGAGCUCAGACAUCUAUCGGCCUAGACUCAAGGUGCCGAGCAAUGAGUUCUUCACACUGGCAGCUGCUUUGUUGAAAGUAUUGUGCUGCUAUUCUGGACAGCAAAAUGACCUUUCGAAUCGCGAUUGGACCAAACGCAUCCCAGAAUUCCGCAUUUCAGUGGACCAAGGUUUUACGGCAUCCUUCUGUCAGGAGUUCUUGGGAGACACAUCAAUCACAACUCCGUGGCAUUCCUUGGAAGACACUCUUUCUGGUAUCAACCACGGACAUUGCCAAUAUCUUUUAACGCGCAUGGCAAGACAUCUCAUCCACAACAACAUCUUCUAUACAGACCGAGGCUUACUCGGUAUGGGACCCAAUGUUCAGGUGGAUGACACAAUUUUUGCACUGAAAGGUUGUAAAAUGCCUGUGGCGCUCCGAAAGGUCGAUUCAAGUUACCAGCUUGUGGGCCCCACUCUUGUGCCCGGUGUCAUGGACGGAGAGUUGUUCAAGGAUGGUACAUUCGAUCCAGAAUACCACCGACUUGAGCUACACUGAUGGGUAUUGCGAACUACUAUUGGCGUAGCAGGCCCAGCUUCGUUGACGAGGCUACGCGCAUGGACUUGGUCUAUCAGCAGACAAGUGCUGCCAAUUUUCUGUAUUUCACGUUCAACUUCCCACAUCACUCGCCUUCAUUACAUCCCUCCUCGAGAACCUAUUCAUUACGGGCUUCGACGGAUCUGGUCAAGUUGAGACAGGGGCAAUGACUUGUCACGAUGGGAUACUGACUGAGGGCCCAAGAGGUGGAAGGAUCAAAACCCCUUGAUGAUGACGUGGAGAUGCCUCGGUCAGGGACGGGACAUAUGGAUUUCAAUUGUUAUUUCAUUCUUCCCUAUGGUAUCCCCGAGGCAAAGUCACAGACUCCCCUUGUUCUACAUGGUCGAGAAACAGCAGUUCUAGUUCAACGCAGCAAGCCAGUUGGACUGUCGAUAAAUGGCAACACUCUUCGACGAAGAUAUCGCAAGGUCCAAGCCUGCGGUCCCUUUGGUACAAUGGUGAAACGCUCACAGCAUAUGCUGUACAUCGAGCUCUUCGUUCCAACAAGCCAGCGCUGCCACAGUCAGAGCCACUGUGCCCGUCUUCAGCGUUGGUUGUAGCAAGGGCGCAAAGCGUGACGAGUGAUUCAUGGCUACUGGUGGAAGGCCGUUAUCGUUGUCUUAUGCUAAUACGCUAUCUUACUUAUAUUUUUAAUGGACCAGUCUGCUUAUCACCUUGAGAGAUGGGUUGGACAGCAUGGCUUCGCCAAGUCAUUUGACAAAUUCGCCCCAAUACGACCUGCGAUUGCGUUGGUAGCUUUCGUCAAGGACUCUCUGAAGCUGGAAUUGUCUACAUGGGUGAACGGCCAGCUGAGGCGUAACACUGUCUUAAUCGAUCUACGUGUUGGUAUGAGAGAAAUACUGCAACAACUCAGUCGCAGAACCACGAUUAGGGCAGGGAUUGUGAUUAUGACGGGCAUUCCUAUGUAUAUUCGCAAGUAUUAGUACCUCAGGCCGUGUGGAAGUCGGAGUCGCUACUUAUUUGAGCCUCCAAUAUGGU